AUGCAGGAAGGACACAUGCCUGCCUCCAAGCUGGCAUCCGGAAGUGUCAUAGGAAGCAGGCCAACUCAGCAAAGAACUAUCCAGACUGGCCAGCACGAAGUUUCCGAUGUUCUAAUUGUGACAUGCAUAUCCUCUCAGGCAAUGUCCAUGACCGUGACCUCCUAUCCUAUUGUCAUUGUACCCAUGUGCCGCUUCCAGACAACAGCUUGCAUUGGUGAAUCUAAGCUGAUCCGAGUCAGUGGUAUGAGUCGACCGCAAAGAACUGGGCUUGAGUGGGAUGGACGACGGCUCAGCACCAAGGUCUUUCCGGGGCUGAACAAGGCAAAAUCUCGUGUAUUAACAGUGUACGACUAUUUCUACACCAUCACAAACGAGUUCAUCCGGGCAGAUACACCCGUGCAAGACUUCCCUCUCCCUCUCUGCCAGAUCCCUCUCUAUAGAGAGUCCCUCAUCAAAGACAUGGAUCUCACAGGGAGCUACGUGCGAGGCGAGCGGCCCAUUGUACCUUUGUGCUCCAUGAAGGUGGGAUUUGUCGACUUGCUGUUCCUACAGCCUGUGGGUUUGCAGAAACCUUGUCGUCCACCAUCCCCAUCCUUCGAAGGUGAAGAUGGCUGCACCGUGAUAACGGUGGAGGAAGGACUGGAGGAACACUAG